AUGCCCAAAAAACACCAGCGAUUUCAUACUAAGCCCGCUAGUCCUGCCCACCAUAGUCUUGGUUCGUCGUCUCGCCAUGACAGGCCCGGGGCAUCUGUGGCUGCAGAGUCAGUCAAUGAUCUGAUCAGCCACUUGCGGCUAACACAGACACCGAAUCCAUCAGAAGAGGGCGCAUCCCGGCCACGUCCCUCUCAACGCUCUUUGGUUUCCUCUCGCUCUGUCCAUCCAUCGCUCAGAAAUCUUCUCGAGCUGCCAGAAACCCCACCGCCGCGACCUCGCCCUGGCGCCCAGCGCACUGCCAUCGGUUCUCGCCCGCGACGGACGGCCGGACCUCCGCCGCCUGAGAGUUGGCUUUCUGGUGCUACGGACGACUCAAAUGGGACAUUCCAGUGUCAAUCGGCCCACAUGAAUCCCAGGCAAGUGGUUCACCGAUUGAAGCGGCUCCCGGGGGUCGUUUUCCCGGAUCCGAGGGAUUUACUGCACAUGGUGCUCAAGUCCAUGGCCUUGAAGUGGCAUUGGCAUUUGGACUACGACGGCCCCUUUCUCGCUCAGCUUCCAGGUCGUAUCAAAUCGUUGCUCUUGAGCUACGUCGCUGUGUAUGGCAGAGGUCUUCAACUGAACGGUCGUAUGAAAGGCUUGAAUCCGCUUGUUCUAUCCGAGAAAGACCAUAUCCAAGACGAUGAACAUACUGAUAGCGCCACCGAGAAUAGCAUCUUGGCCAGUGAUGCUGCUAUCUCCCGCUUGGAUCUGGGAAAUGCUCUAGGAAACUGGAUGACUUUUAAGCAGCUGACAAGCGAGCUGUUCAUCUCAACCAAACCGAAUUCGGAGCUCAAGUCCGUGAUUCCAGGCUCAUGGGAUGAAGAACUUGAUCCAGAUAACUCAGAACCUGCUUCCUCAGAUGCAGAUGCAGAGCCAGGCCUGUCCAUUCCCAAGGGCAUGGCCCACGGUCUACGCUUCACCAAUCUCCGCUAUUUGUCACUUGCUCACCCACAACCUGCUUCCGCAAAUUGGAACUCUCUUCUCAAUCUCGUCGCACGCCUGUCGACCCUCACUCAUCUCUCACUCGCUCACUGGCCCGCCCCGACUCGAACCCCGGGCUUGGAGACUAGCCUCACACGCCACCCAUUUCACCACUCCUCAAUCUACAGUUACGACGACGACUCUGAAGCUCUAGAGAACCACUGGGCCAAAGCCGCGAGCGUUCUACGUCAACUUUCACAGUCUACCUACUGCCUCAAAUGGCUUGACCUCGAAGGUUGCACUGACUGGUUACAAACCUUGGAAUGGGUCGGCAAGGACCCAGACGGCAAUCCAUAUCCACUCGGAGCCUCUGGCCCAGAGUGGAAUGGGUCGUGGAGAGAUGUGGAAUGGAUCAAUGUGGGCCCUGGCUGGGUCCCUGAUCUGUCCGGUGAUUUAGAAACCCCGGAGCCACAAUCACCGGCUGACUCUCCUAUCUCACCUGGUUACUUCGAUGGUUAUGAAUCUGAUACUUCUUGGCGACGCCAGCAGCGGUCUCUCAAUUCGAAUCGUAAUAUUGGCCUCCAAAAUUACCGCGAUUCCAUUCAGAUUUCCUUGGAUAUACGCACACACGUGCGGCAGAUCAGGAAGGAGGGGAAUGGUAAAUGGGUCCAGGUUUCUUUUGGAUUGGAGGAUGUUGACUCGGAGACGGUGAGGACAUUGUUAGGACAGAAAAUUUCAGUUGUCCUCUGA